AUGGGCUUGCGCUAUUCAGUUCCUACAGUUAAAUUAGAAUUUCCAGCAAUACUGCAAAAUCUGGAGGAAGAUUUCCCACUAAAAGAGCAAGAAAUUCAUGAAGCCAGCAUAUCACUCAAAAACAACAACGCAAGUAGUGAAAAAGGUGAUCUGAAGCCAUUUGCAGGUCGCAUCGUCUCUUACACGGCUGUGACCGCCGACGGCCGGCAGUGGCGCAUGGAGGACGGAGAGGAGACGGAGGUUCUGCCCCGGCAUCUGCUGCGCACCUACACGGAUUGGGAGAUCCACGAGACCUUCCAGAGGCGCGGGGACGACACCAACAUCCUCACCAAGGCCGACGGCACCCGCGUCGUCAGCUUCCCGGGAGGCACUCUCAUCACUACUUCCAUCCGGGAGAACGAAACCGAGGUCUUCUGCGAAUGGUCGUCAGAGGAGCUCGACCAGUAUUACGAGUGGUACGCUCUCCGAAAGGACACCCGUUUCCUUAGAAGGAAACUGUUACCUACGGGCGCCAUCGCGUUGCUCGACGAGGGCUACGUGUACGUGAGACUCAGAUUCUGCAUGGAGCAUCCGAACUACGCCACAGUGGUGGCCAGCGGGCGAGAUCUACCGCUGAAGUUGGUCAUGCCGCAGCAGACUAGCGUCCUGGUGUACCCGGACGGAAGAUUCCACGUGGAGGCACCCGACGGGGUUACGCUGGAUGUCAGAUGCAGCUCUGCAGUCUUCGCGCACUCUGACAGGUGCGAGUCCGAGCUGGACUUCGACGGGUACAACUUCACCGACGAUACCAGGAACUGGUCGAAAACGCUGUGUCGCACCGUCGACUACACCGGGAAGAGGUUCGACGUGAACUACGCAGGAGAAACGGCGUGCGAGGCCGAUCCGAACCUGGAGGUGCCGCAGCUUUACAAAGACUACCGCUGUCUGAUCGUGAACCGCAACCUCUCCGGCCGGGAGCUGAUUCACGAGGAGGAAGCGGCCGAGUGGCUGACCGGCGCGCUGAGCAGACCCGAGGAGGCCGUCGUGAAGCACCGGCUGGCGUUCGCGCCGCACCUCAGCUACCACCUGACGAUGGGCCCUCUCGGCGAGAACGAGUCGCAGCUCUGGCUCGUGCAGCCGCAGCAGGCGGCCAUCUCGCAGGAAGAGAGACGCGGCGUCAACAGGAUACCCUCCACGUACGGCUGCCCGCCAUCUUGGUUCCACCCGUUUCCCAAGCGACAAGAGCAGAAGGAGGAGGAGCGCGAGCUGGUGUCGAACCCGGACGUGAUGCAGGUGCGGCUGCUGAGCGAGGCGGCGCCGGAGGGCGCCCGCGUCGUCUCCGCCGUGGCUGCCGCUCUGCAGCAGUACCUGCAGCGUGGCGCCGAUCUCGUCGAAGAAUUCUCCUGCGUCUCUGACAACCUCUUGCCGUACUGCAGCAGCGACGAGCUGGUGCGACAGCUGCAGAAGUCCGCGACGCGGCAGAACGUCAUAUCUCGAGCGCACAUGCGGCCCCGCUGGCAGGACAAGACGUCGCCGGCGGCGCUGGAGCUGUACCACGUGGUGAUGGCGCGGCGCGGCCGCCUCAGCGCCGAGGAGCUGGGGGAGUCGGGCCGUCGCUGGGUGGACCAGUCGGCCUGCCUCGCCGUGGCGCUGUCGCGCAUCCGCUCCAGGGGCGGUUGA